AUGGAGAACCCAAACCCCAAGACGUCCACGAAAGUCCCUCCAACCAAGGAGGACUUCCUUCGCGACGGUGUCACCAAGAAGGACGAACUCAACGGGCAAGAUUCGUGCCCCAUCUGCUUCGAAGAUUAUCAAGCUCCUCGGGCCAAAAUCCAGAGCAAUGCUAUUGAGAUCAAGCAAUGCGGUCAUAUCUUUGGCGCGGACUGCCUCUCGAAGUGGUUCGAUCAGGGCAAAGCGAGCUGCCCCAUGUGUCGCGCUACACUCUUUGGGACCCCCCGCCCGCCGUUCCCACAAAUGGUACCAAUGGUACCAUGGGCUAGCAGAGUGAUACCCCGUUCUGUCGACGAGUUGGAUCACUUCUAUGCUCUGGUUGAGAACGAUAUGUGGGUGAGGGCUGCGCCGGGAACACCUCGAGACCUUGCGAUGUGGCCUGAUUUCCGCCAUCUCCAUCACAUAGAUCACGCAUAUGAUGCCUCGAUAGCUCGACCCAAUGAUACUAUGCCGCUCUUUCAACCUACUCUUCGUUAUCAUGGCCAAGAGGACACGCAGCAACCGUCGCGUGCCCGAGACGGCGAGUCGCGCGGUCUUGCUCAUAGUCUCAUGUCGAGGAUGGGCGGAGUCUUUGGUGGCAAUGAUGCUACACGAUCCAACGAGCCUAGAGCGCGGACCUACGCUUCGACUGUUGGCCACGAGCAGCAACCCGGCUCAUAUGGAAACCCUAUUAGUCUUGAGGAGGAUACAGCAUACCAAGGAACGGGCUCGCAGCGACUUCACGCACCCAAUGGCUACAAUGGAGUAGGAAUUCCUUAUCAUCACCGCCGAGGCGAGGAACCUGAACGCGCUCCACCGCGUCAAGUACAAAUCCCUCGCGAGGUCAUCGUUAUUGAAUCGCCGCCUCGUCCCCAAUCUGCUUCUGCGUAUCAACAGCAGGAUCUGCCCAUGACCCAGGCUGACCGUCAAGCCAUAAUCGAUGCUAUCGCGGAUGACAGGCGUCAUCGUUCUUCCUUCUCGGUGAGAGAUACAACAUACGAGGGCGAAUCGAGUGAUGAUCCUUCUCCCGCGCAGCAGCCAGUAGCUCUAUUGGGUUCCAGGGCUUAUAUGCAUCGGAACGGUCAAUUCAGGAGCGAGCAUCGUCACGACGACCCUUCUGCCUCAGACCAUGGACCUCUUCGCGACUUUCGUACCCUCCACAACCCCGAGCCUGCGGUCCUUCGUGGCCGUCCCCAGCAUACAGCCGCGCUUCCGCUUCCUCGUCCGUCCCAAGCUCAGCAUCCCCUGGUCGACCAGCCAGCUGCGAACCUCUCUCCAGCAACUGAAGCAAACGCUGUGCAGAUCCAAGCUCAAGCUCCUCCGGCCGACGAUUUGCCUGUCGCCCCUCGCCGCGGUGCUCCGCGCAUGAUUGCCUCAGUCAAUUACCCAACCGUUGUCAAUGAAGAGCCCGUUGCUCAUCGAACUCGCCACCGCCUCAACAACACCACCGAGACUGUAGCCCCUAAGGCUUCUACAGCUCCCAAACAACUCAAGCGUGGUCGUAACCCUUCUCCGUCGCCUGCACUGAUUACGCGCAGCACUCGCCGAGCUGUUCAGCCGAAGAGCGAGGCUACUAGGCCCGCGAAGCGCGGUCGACAUUAGUUAACUAUGCAUAGGUCUGAGCGUGAUUGACUGAUCGCCAGAUCAGGUGAAGGGAGCUUUAUGAGGUAAGUUGGCUGCAUUCUCUUGUCUUUAUAGCGAGAGGGAGGUGGGGCUAUGAUAUGAAGCUUGGGAGGCAUGGAGGCGGCUUUGGAUGAUUGCUUUGGAUCGGGGAGGCUGCUAAGGAUGCAGGUAGGAUUGCGUAGUGGGUGGCGACUUUUCUUUAGUUGUCUCCACUGCUGCACUAAUGAAUGAUACAAUGCCU